AUGAAUAUACUAUCACAAGAAGAACCAGAAAUAUUAAAAGUUGAAAUGAUUCAACAAUAUCAUGAACAUACAAACGAAGAGUUGAAUAGUCACAAAGAUCUAUGGUGGAAACUCAUGUACACGCUGUUUACAUUGACGGCGGUUGGAUACUUGGCUGCACGAAGAAAACAAAACCUUAAAUUCCAUCUCAUCAAACCAUUCCCCGUUCUCAUUCUGGGAUAUGUCGUGUUGCUGUGGUGCUCGGUCAACCAUGGCAGGGCGGAUAUUGGCGAUUUUGUAAACUCCAUGUACCAUUUCAUCGUGCCACACAACCCGUCGUCCUAUGCCAUCUACGUGUCGGUCGGUCUCUUUUUAUCGGCCAUUGGUGACCUCUGUCUCAUCUUUGACCGCUAUUUUGUUCACGGUAUUCUCUUUUUCCUCACAGCCCAUCUCUCGUUUAUCUUGGCCUUUACCGCCGAGACUGAAAGCCUCUCCAACUUUUUUACACCACUCAUUGUCGUCUUUUUGGUGACGGUCAAUAUCUUUUUCGUCUAUGUCUUUGUCACCAAGAUCACCCCACUCUUUAUCGCCAACACUCCCAAGGCUGUCAUUGUAGCACUGUUCUUUUACAUCGCUGUCAUUGUCACAAUGUGCUACACUGCCUCUGUCAAGGCUCUCUCCAAUGUUCUCGAGACGUUUGAAGCUUGGAGUUUGUUGGAUCAUGCACAUCCAGUCGCUGCUGCUGCUGCCGCCACUGCCACUGCCACUGCAUCUACAGUUGUCGAAUCUGGUCUAUUUGGAUCAUCAAUGUUCAAACCAUCCACACUCUACGCACUAUGUGGUGCAUUUGGAGCCGUCCUCUUUUUCCUCUCUGACAUUAUGAUCCUCAUUCGUGCCAUCAACGGGCUCAAGAACAACCAAGUGUCCACCAUCCGUCGACUAUUGGGUAGUGGUGACCUCGGAAUGAUCACCUACUGGCUCGGUCAAUUCUGCAUUGCCCUAAGUGUCACCUCUUCACUCUAA